AUGUUCAACACUGCUAGAAAGAUCAGCUUACUGAGUAACUUGGUUCAUAGCUCUCAAUUGCGAAUAUGUUAUAAUGAACUAUUCAAGGCUAAUAUAUAUUCAUCAAACAUAUUAAGAAAAAAAAGAAAACCUAAAGAAGAAAAAAAAAAUAUUAUCCUACCUGUAAUAAAUUUAAAACCAAAACAAAAUAAAACUAUUGACAUUUGGAAAAAUAUGACAGUAUCGGAAUUGGCAAAUGCGACAGGAAUACCUGUAGAUAAUGUUCUUAAAAUAAUUGAAUUAAGUCAAAAUUCACAUUUGUAUUUUGAACCUACAAGUUUAAUAGAUAAUGUUUCAAUUCUUCGUGAAAUUGUUAAAAAAUGUGGAUUCAAAUCUAAUUUAACAUCAAAUCCUAAUAUAAAUAAAAAACCAACUGAUGAACAUUUAAAAGACGCUAUUAAAAGACCUCCAGCACCAUAUGAUUCUACAAUUUCGAGGCCUCCAGUUGUAACAAUAAUGGGUCAUGUAGAUCACGGAAAAACCACUUUAUUAGAUACUCUUAGGAAUGCAUCUGUGGCUAAAUCUGAAUUUGGUGCUAUUACACAACAUAUAGGUGCUUUUCCAGUUGUUUUGGAAAAUGGAAAAAAAAUAACAUUUUUAGAUACACCUGGACAUGCAGCCUUUGCAACUAUCAGAAGUCGAGGUGCGCAUGUAACAGAUAUUGUUGUAUUAGUAGUAGCAGCUGAUGACGGAGUCAAGGAGCAAACUAUUGAAUCAAUUAGAAUGGCUAAACAUGCGAAAGUUCCCAUCAUUGUGGCAAUCAACAAAAUAGACAAACCGACUGCAAAUAUAGAACGUUGUAAAAAAAUGUUGCAAACUCAAGGUGGAUUGGAUCUUGAGGAAUUUGGUGGUAGUGUACAAGUAGUUCAAAUAUCUGCUUUGCAUGGAACCAAUUUCAACAGUUUGAUUGAAUCAAUUUUAACUCAAGCUGAAGUAUUAGAUUUACGUGCUGAUCCUAAUCCUCCGGCAGAAGGAGUAAUAAUAGAGUCAAAACUCGAUAAUCAAAAAGGAAAAUUGGCAACAGUUCUUGUUCAACGUGGAAAAUUAUUAAAUAAUAGUAUACUUGUAGCUGGCAACACCUGGGGAAAAGUACGAACAAUGAUGGAUCAUCAAAACAAUGUUCUCCAAGAAGCUAAUCCAUCUGAUGCAAUUCAAUUAAUUGGUUGGAAAAACUUACCACAAGCUGGACAAGAAUUUUUACAAGUUUCUUCUGAUAAACGUGCACGCGAAGUAGUUGAUUAUCGAAUAUCAAAAUCUGUUGAACAAAAACAAAAUGAAGAUAGUAUUUAUAUUUCAUCAAAACUUGAAGAGCAUAAUAAGGAGUACCAAAGCCAUCUAGCAGAAAAAAAAAGGGGUGGCAUUUUCAGAAGAAAACGAUUCAGCGCAGUGUAUCAAGAGAAGCAAUUAGAAAAUAGAAAAAAUGCCACUGAUGAUGAAAUCUGUUUAAAUGUUGUGGUGAAAGGAGAUGUUAUUGGGUCUGUUGAAGCAAUCUUAGACGUAUUAGAAACUUAUGAAAGUAACCAAUGCAAAUUAGAUAUUAUUCAUUAUGGUGUAGGUAACGUAUGUGUUACUGAUAUUGAGUAUGCCAAUGCUUUUAAAGCUAUAGUGUAUGCUUUUAAUGUUGGUUCAUUAAAAGACGCAGAAGAAAAUGCUAAACAAAACGGUAUUACUAUUAAACAACAUAAUAUAAUCUACAAACUAGUAGAUGAUAUAAAAGAAGAAAUGAACAAUUGCUUACCUCCAGUUGAAGUUGAGGAUAUACAAGGGGAAGCCAAUGUAAUACAAGAAUUUUUAAUUAAUGAAAAUAAGAAAAAAAUCCCAGUUGCCGGAUGUAGAUGCACAAGUGGUACACUGAAAAAAGCAGCACUUUUUAAAGUUAUCCGUGAUUAUGAUACAGUUCUUUAUAGAGGUAAAUUAUCAUCCAUGAGACACCUAAAAGAUGAAGUAGCCACAAUCAAGACAAAUAUGGAAUGUGGGAUACGGUUAGAAGAUACAAAUAUUAGACUAAAUCCAGGUGAUAAAAUAGUGUGCUAUACAUUGCGAGAACAACAACAAAAGAUUACUUGGGAAACCGGUUUCUAAAUACUUAUUUUAUUAUAUUGACUGAAUUACAUGUUAAUUCUUAUAACUUUUGUUUUUAGUUCUUCAUUAAAAUAUACAUUUUUAGUUUAACAAUUAUGUACCAAAUCUGUUAAAUGUAAAAAUAUAAAUGUAUUUAUUUUAA